AACAACCCAGCCCCAGGCCCCCCGCCAUUUCUGACCCAAUGUGAAACUCCACCAAACCCGCCAACAAAAAGUACAGCACACAAGAAAGGAAACCACUCUCUGCACAGAAGAGCUAAAGGAGGGAAACCCAUGAAGCAGCACAAGAAGAAUCUGGCUUCUUCCCAGAGCCUAGGCGCUUUCCCCAUCCCCAGCCAGGCGGCGGCGAGAAGUUACUACCAGGACAGCAGCAACAAAGGGUGGUGCUCGGAGCGGGUGCCGCCGCAUCCCUCCUCGUCGGCGACCACCCGACAGCUGGGGGUUACUGGGCUGACCCCGUUUUACAGCGGGAGGGCGGUGCCGUCGAAAUGGGAAGACGCCGAGCGGUGGGUCUGCAGCCCGGUGAUGGGGUACGGUCCGGGGAGCGAGCCUCAGUCUCAGUUUCAGAAGCGACCCAAGUCCAAGAGUGGGCCAAUUGUGGCCCCUGGUGUGGUGCAUUACUCCAACUGUUCGCCUGCACUCCAGGUGCUCGACGCUGGGCCUCUGAGGAACUUGGUGGUCAAUUCCCCCUUUUCCACUGGGGUCUUGAUGCCUAAUGGCGUCGGCUUGCAUUAUGGAGCUGGCGGGGGAAGGAAUCUUGGUGGUGGCGGUAGUGGUGGGAGAGGCAAUUCCUCGAAGUUGGUUGUUUGGUCAGACUUGGUUAGUGAUUCUUCCUUGCCUAGCUCCCCUGGAGUACAUUUUGUUGACCCAGAUGGGAGAGUAGACGAAGAUAUGAUCAAUGAAGAAAAUACGGUUAGUCGUGUCGUUUCAAGAAGGGAUAUGGCAACUCAAAUGAGCCCAGACAGCAAAAGCAACCACUCGUCUCCAAGGAGGUCAUCUACCGUUGCUAUGGUGGAUUCUGGGAGUAGAGAACAUCCUUCCAAAAUGGAAAUCAGGGAGGUGCAGGUUGAUAAGAAGGCGACUGUAACAAGUUGGUCCACGAAACAUUCUUCUUCUUCUAUAGUCAAGAAAAGAUUGCCGCAUCCCGAAGACUUCCAUCAAAAUGCCAUGGCUCUCACUAACAGUUGUUCUUGGGAUAUCACAGAGGCAGUUUCAGACUUCUCAAAGGUCCAAAGAGAGGAAGCCAAAAUCACUGCAUGGGAGAACUUGCAGAAGGCAAAAGCCGAGGCUGAGAUGCGAAAGCUCGAGAUGAAACUCGAGAGAAAGAGAUCAUCAUCAAUGGACAAGAUCUUGACGAAGCUGACAACAGCACAACUGAAGGCUCAGCAAAUGAGAAGCUCAAUGCCUAGCGUUCAGGAGCAACAAAUCCCCAAAAGAUCUCAGAAAUCCAAAUCUACAUAUAGGCACAAGCGGUUUGGUUCCAUGAGAAGCUGCUUCAACUGCCAUGCUCUCUAAUCUCUUCUCGUCUUCGCUUAAGCCAAGAAAAUGUUCCGAUGUAGCAAGUAUUAAUACACAGCGGUAUGACCAUUAUGUACACUGCUAGGAAGAUAAUAACAACAAAUGAUUCUCAGAACUUGGUCAUAGAGUACCGAUGAAGCUUUCUUCAUGUCGCAUAAUUGGUGCAAAAAGACAUCAGAGCUUACAGCAACGUUACAAUACAGGCAAUCUAAUCAAAGGGUCAACAUUAAACAGCUAUCCGAAAGAAAUUAAAUACAAGCACAACAGUUCAUCUAAUGGGAAUAUGAGAUUCAUCAAGCUAUUAUUUUGCCUUCAGGCCAAACU